AUGGGGGCAGUGGCCUGUGGUGUGGCGAGGCCCAAAGGGAAGGCCAAGGCGAAGGCCAACGUCAAGAUCGAGAAACCUGCGCCGAAGCAGCGAAGAAGGAUGAGUUCCAAGCAGUCGCAGGCGACUGCUGAUCCUGGUGAUGCUCCUGAAGGCACGGCAGGCACGGAAGGGGCCUUGGCAGUGAGCAAAGCCGACGUGUCCAACUUCUUGGGCCGGAUGAAAGCUGCCGGUGGUGGUCCCCAGAAGGACUUGCUGAACUUCUACCAGCUCUUGCCAAGGUACGACUCCCGCAAGCAGGAGAUCGUGCAGAAGUGGAAGCUGGACCGCUCCUGUUCCUGGGCCCAGAACUACACGGAGCAGGAGUCGAAGAAGACGAAGUGCUCUCGCCAGUCCACCGUCGGCUGGCUGACUCGCUGGGAAGUCGCCGACAGCUUGAAGAUGGAUGUCGACAGCGAGCUUUUCAAAGAAAUGCUUGCCGAGCUCGAGUCCAGCGAGGACCAGUGGGACCUGAAGAGUCCGCAAGAGGCCUUCCUGUCGAAGAAGGGCGAGAAAAAGUACUGGUUCGAAGGCAGGACAGGCGGCCAGCGGAUCACCGACACUCUGGAGAGAUCCGAAGUCAUGGAGAAGAAGACCUCCAGAAACGUGAAGGAGAGCAUGGAUGGCGACAGCAAGUCCCUGAGCCUCAAGGACAAGGUGAAGGUGGCAAUCUCCGACCUCCAGAACCUCAACCGAGCUGUUAGCAGCUCGGCCGAGAAAAUGGCAGAUUUGCUGCCUCUGCUAGAGGCAAAGGCGCCUGGCCACGAAGCCUUGGAGGGUUUGAAGAACGCCAUGACUAUGGCCAAGGAUGCACUCGCCGAGUCCCGAGUGAAGACCGGGAUGUGGGCAUCCGUUGAGGGCACUGAAGAGAUCCUCAAGGAGGCCGGUGACUUGGCCUCGACGAUGAAGGAACACAAGGCAGGAUCCCAACUGGGAGCCAAGAAGCUGCAAGGGAUUCUCGAGAGCUUGACUGCCUAG